AUGUCAUGGACCUGUCUCUUGGGGGUUUUGGAUUGGGUUAUGGGGAUACGAGAGUUAAUGGGACAGAUCCCUAUGGAGUGGUGCCUCAUUCCCACGGGAUGAAGGAGUGGUGGGUGCAGGUGGGGCUGCUGACUAUGCCCCUCCUCACCGUGUACCUUCACAUCCCGCCCCCUGGGCUAUCCCCAGCUCUCCUCUCCUGGAGGUCCUCUGGAGGGUACUUCACAUACCGGGACCAGAACAUCUUCUAUAGAGCUGAUGCUGAGGUGCCCCAUUCCCUUCCCAGCUCUGACAUCAUUGUGCUCCUGCAUGGAUUCCUGACCUCCAGGUACGACUGGUACAAGGUGAGGGCAGCGAGGGCAUGUGGGUUGGAUGCUGACAGCAACCCCCAUGGCUUCUCCCUCCAUGGGGAUGAGGAGACAGCCUGGGGUGGGUCACUGUCUCCUUUUUCCCUUGUGCCCAAGAUCCUCAAGGAUGGGGGGCUGCUGUCCCCCAUCAUCACGUGCCUGAUGAACUUCUUUGUCUUCUCCAGAGGGCUCGGGGCAGUCUUUGGGCCCUACACACAGCCUUCACAGGCAGAGUACUGGGAUAUGUGGAUGGCUGUGCAGACCAACAACGGGAAUGUCCUCGUUGACAGCUACAUCCCCAUUACUUCCUGCAUAAGCUUUGGUUUAUGCCUCUGGUGUCCCUCUGUCUGCAGGCAGAGCCAUGGGAGUGGCCUGGAAGGUAACCAGAAUGCAGCCCAGUCCCUGGAUCCUGGCUCUCCAGAGCUUCCAGCUGCUUCUGUUGGGAUCUGGGAUCAUCCCCGCACCCCAAAAGAGCGUUGGGGUGUGAUGUAG